AUGGCAAAUAAUUGGAAGUUCCGCUCUCGAAUGCCUACCACCUCCAUCGCUCAAAUACAAAUUCCUCCCAUUCCACUCCAACGCAUCGGUAAACGUAAGCGUGUCACGCGCGUAACAACCAGCGAUGGAUGCAAAGAAUCCAGCAUCAUCAACGAGCUGCGAAAGAAAUAUGAAAUUGACCUCGAGCACCCUCCUCGCUAUCCACCCCAGUUCACUCAUCUUCAACCACCUAUCCCCCGCCCAGAACCUGAUAAAUUAGAUAGUAAAAUAAGACUUGAGAUGGAAAGAAGACAGUUCGCACCAAUGACUCCUGAUUGGGUUUGGAGGGUCUUGACAGAAAUGUACAAAGUGGAUGAGAAAAAAUGGGGAAAAUGGGCAGUUGAUUUGGAUGGUAUGAAAUUGGCAAAAGGUGAUUGGAGGUAUCUAUUAAAGGCUCACUAUCGUGAAUUCGACGAGACUGGUGCAAUGGAAGAGUACGAGCUUGGCCAUGUCACGAACACUAUUGCUGAUUUGUAUGUUUACAUGGCUUGCGACUAUAGGAACAGAGCAAUAGCAAGAACACUCAAGAGUGGCGACCUAGCUGGUGAUACACCAACCAAACAGAAAAUCAGCUCCAUAAUCAUUGAUUCUGACAAGUUGUAUUGGGAUCAAGAUAAAGGUCGCCUCGUGAGGGAAGGAGUGGAUGAAGCUGGGGAGCCUAUUCGUCGGCUUGUGGAGCAAGACUUUCCCAGAGCUUGGGAAAAGACUAUGAAGGCAUUGGCACAGUAUGAUGAUGAGACUUUUGCCAAUCUUGACUAUAUUGUGAUUCCACACGAAUUUGGCGCCUUCCAUACACAAUGCAUAGGAAUAGCACCAAAGCAAAGAUUUGUCUUCCAUAUCGACAACUCCGGUCUGUCGAGACCCAAAUUUGAAAGUGCAUUAGAUGAGACGUACGGAGCUUACUAUCAUUCGUUUUUUCAAAUGUCUUUACUUGAAGCUAUCAUAUACACAAGAUUCGACAAAGGAGAGAUUGACACCGCCGAGUGGCCAUUGUACGGGCAAUGGUCCUACCGCACGGAUCAUGCACUGCCAAGGAACAGAACGACAGACAAUAGUCCCAACGCAACUCGACAGAACGAUCCCUACAAUUGCGCUUUGAAUACCAUGGCCAGUGCCGUGAAUUUAAUAUUUGGAUAUGACAUGGCUUGUUAUGUAUCUGGAAAAGAUCUCUCCCCCAUCCCUGGAUUGACAGGAAAACGGAUAAGAGUCGCAGCGGAAUUUUUAAAUGGGGGAUUCAACUACCCAUUCAAUUAUCCAUUGUUCAAAAUCCCAACAGAGCUACAAGAGAUCAUUAUUGAUGAAACUUAUAAGCAAAAUAUUCGACCCCCUCCGGCCGUAGUAGGAAAUAUCAUGGACGAAUGGGAUGAAGAAGACACAGAGGAUGAAGCGGAUCCAGACACAGAGGAGGAAGAGGAGAAAGCAUCCCAGGCAGAAGCUCGAACAAAAGUUAAGAAAUCCACUAGGUACAAAAAGGUCAAAUGGCAUGGCCAACCCGCUUUAGAUUGGGAUCCUGGAGAGCCAGAUCCGACAGGACCAGGAUCUACAGACGACGAUUUACCAAUACGAACUCUUUGGCCUGCCCAAAUGGACCCUACUAGAACGGGGAAAUGUGGCAUUAUAUACCCGAUCACAAAGCCGCACUUCUCGGAUCCAACGUAUGAUGAUGUAUUCGAGUGCAAGAAGGCAGCCAUAUUCCACCAAAUGGAGGGCUGGGAAUUGUGGGAGCACAUGCCAUUGAAUAUAUUCAAGCGCUGGAUGGAGAAUGUAAUGGCAGGUAGAAAACAUGAAGAGUUGUCUCCAUGGGUGAAAGUGCUCAAGCUUGAUGGACGUGUUUUCUCCGAGACAAAAUAUUGA